GCGCCCCCACCUGCGGGCCCAUCAUGGCGGCGGCGCUGGGAGCGCUGCUGGCGCUGCUCGCCCCCUGUGUCACCCCCCUGCAGGUGACGGUCCCCGACCCCCGCACAGUGGCCCUGCUGUUCCAGCCGGUGCUGAUCCGGUGCCAGUUCCAGGUGACCUCCGGGCCCCCCCCCAUCGUCACCUGGAAGUACAAGUCCUUCUGCCCCUCCUCCACCUCUGGGGACACCUGGGGGGGCCCCGAAAGCGCCACCGGGGGGGACACGGCGGGGACCUGCCCUGACUCCGCCAGGACCGUCCGGAUCGUGGCCACCAAACAGGGGGACACGGUGACACUCGGGGACUUCUACCGGGGCCGGGCCGUGACCAUCCGGGGAGGUGCCGAGCUCAGCCUGGGCCCGGCCGCGUGGGGUGACAGCGGGUUCUACAUCUGCACCGUCACCUCCACCCAGGACCUGCAGGGCAACAACGAGGCCGUGGCCGAACUGGUCGUACUGGGGUCUCUGCCCGAGGGCACCCGACUCCUGCCCGAGGGGACCCUGCCAGACUGGCUGUUCGUGGCCCUGGUGGCCCUGGGGGGGGUCCUGGUGGCCCUGGGGGUGGGGCUGUGCUGGUGCCAGUGCUGCCCCCACACCUGCUGCUGUUACGUGCGCUGCCCCUGCUGCCCCCAGACCUGCUGCUGCCCCGAGGCCCUGUACCUGGCAGGGAAAGCGGCGACCUCGGGGGGCACCUUCAGCCCCGCCCCCCCUGCGCUGGCCCUGCAGCUCCUCGGUGAGUGACGGGGGGACACACCUGGGACACACCUGGGAUAC